AGCCGAUCUAAUAAGAUAGACGAGGACCAUAAAUCGCCUCACCACCAAAUCACAAAUCUUUCUUCUUCCAUUUUCUUCUCCACACAAAAAAAAUAAAUUCAAUUCAAUCUCCUCCGAUAAUGGAAGGAACCGGCGUUGUUGCGGUGUACGGUAACGGUGCUAUAACGGAGGCUAAGAAAUCCCCUUUCUCCGUCAAGGUCGGUCUUGCUCAGAUGCUCCGUGGUGGUGUUAUCAUGGAUGUCGUCAACGCCGAGCAAGCUCGUAUCGCAGAGGAAGCUGGUGCUUGCGCCGUCAUGGCUUUGGAGCGUGUUCCCGCCGACAUCCGUGCUCAAGGAGGCGUUGCUCGGAUGAGCGAUCCUCAGAUGAUUAAAGAUAUCAAACAAGCCGUUACGAUUCCGGUCAUGGCUAAAGCUAGGAUUGGUCAUUUCGUUGAAGCUCAGAUCCUUGAAGCUAUUGGAAUCGAUUACAUCGAUGAGAGCGAGGUUUUGACUCUCGCCGACGAAGACCAUCACAUCAACAAACAUAAUUUCCGGAUCCCUUUCGUUUGCGGUUGUAGGAAUCUCGGCGAGGCUUUGAGGAGGAUCCGUGAAGGUGCGGCUAUGAUUAGGACCAAAGGUGAGGCUGGUACUGGUAACAUUAUUGAAGCUGUGAGGCAUGUUAGGUCUGUUAUGGGUGAUAUUAGGGUUUUGAGGAACAUGGAUGAUGAUGAGGUUUUCACCUUCGCUAAGAAAUUAGCUGCUCCUUACGAUCUCGUGAUGCAGACCAAACAGCUUGGUCGUCUUCCCGUUGUUCAGUUUGCCGCCGGUGGUGUCGCUACUCCGGCUGAUGCUGCUCUCAUGAUGCAGCUUGGAUGUGAUGGUGUCUUUGUUGGUUCUGGUAUCUUCAAGAGUGGUGACCCAGCGCGUCGUGCACGUGCCAUUGUUCAGGCUGUGACUCAUUACAGUGACCCUGAGAUGCUUGUGGAGGUCAGCUGUGGUCUUGGAGAAGCUAUGGUUGGCAUCAAUCUCAAUGAUGAGAAGGUUGAGAGGUUCGCUAAUCGCUCCGAGUGAUUAGAGAGAAUGAAACAAAAACAAAAAAAAGGUAAAAUUUCAGACGAAAUGGUUUGAGACCAUUUUGCAGUAAUCUCUUUGAAAAGAAGAAGAUGAUGAUAUUUGUUGUUGGUAGUUUGUAUCCUUUGUGUGUUCCCUUAUUUCUUUGGUAGUGUUUUGUUAUUGUAAUCCAUUUGCAAGAACAAGUUUGUCAGUUAUAAUAAUGUACUACUCACUCUCUUGAUCAGUUCAUUUUUGAAAAUGAUUGUAUUCUUCCAUCCA